CACGAAUACAGAACUGGUUUGUGUUCACCAGCUGUGGAAGCACUUUUAUUUUCCACCUGACAGAACUAACAGGGCCAAACACAAUGGGAGUUAAAGGACUGCAGGGCUUCAUCGAGAACAAAAGUGAGAUUUUAAAGCCGCUCCGCUUUCGAGAGAGCAAGCUCGUCAUCGAUGGAUCCAGUCUGUACUACAUGAUUUACCUGAGGUCUCACCUGGACCAAGCACACGGUGGAGAUUAUAUCGGGUUUGAAAGUUUAAUCAAACACUUCUUUAAAAUUCUCAAAGCCUGUGAGAUCGAACCCUACGUUGUGCUUGAUGGUGGGGACGACGUCAGGGGCAAAAAAUUCCAAACCCUUAAAAGAAGGUGCCAACAAAAAAUCAGAAGAGCCAAUAUUUUGGCCCGGAGCAGAUCAAGCGGAGAAGCGAUACCGAUUCUAACCAAAGACGUGUUUAAGCAGAUCAUGCGGAAGCUUGAAGUGCCGUUUAUUCAGUGUCUUGCUGAGGCGGAUUUGGAAGCGGCCGCUUUGGCCAACGAGUGGAACUGUCCGGUUCUGUCAAACGACAGUGAUUUUUACGUAUUUGGUAACAAGGGUGGAUUUCUGCCCCUGUCCCAGUUCACGUGGGCUAAAGUGAACUUGCGCAAAUGUGCUUCCAAGCCACACAUCCCUGCCAAAUUGUUUGACUUUCAAAACCUGAGUGCUGCUUAUAACCACAUAAAUGAGUCUCUUGUUCAUCUGUUUGCAACUAUCUUGGGCAACGACUACGUCAAACUGGACAAAGGGAUGUUGGGUAUAUGGGCCAGGUCAAAAAAAGCUAAAAAAGCUGGCAAAAUUGACGGCUUGCUCAUGUGGCUGUCGAGAUUCUCAGAUGUCGAAGAGGCCAUCAAUGAGCUGCUAAGCCCUUUGGAGAGCAGCACUGAGUCAGACCACUUACGUAAUGUGAUAUAUCAGGGUUUAGAAAUGUACACACUCAACAACAGCUCCAUAGUUCAGUUCUUUACGAGUGGGAAACCUCAGAUAAGGCCUCCUGGCCCCCUACAGAACCUGCCAGACUGGAGCCUAGUACCUCUUGCAGAGGGUAGGUUACACUCCACCAUGAUUGAAGUCCUGAUGCUGCAGAGGGUCUUGUUACAUUUCCAGGUUGAAAAUUGUGAGUGCAGCAGCAGCAGCAGGAUGUCAGAGCUCAUACGGCAAGCGACGUACGGCAUACUGCUGUGUUCAAGGAGACGGGAAGAUGGUGGAUGCGGUACAACAGGUAAAGAGAAACUGCAGUAUGAAGUAGAGGAAUAUGACCGCCAGGAAACAAUUCUUACCAGCUUCAUGGUGCCAGCUCUCCUACCCAGAUGCGCUGGAACACAUCUUGAACUGGAAACACUGUGGGAGACACCCCAGGAUUUACGGCUGCAGGUCCUAUUUGAGGCUCUCCAUGUAACUUCUGGUCCUGAUUCGCUCCUCAUCCCUGAAAAUCUGCAGCUAGCCAUUUACGUCACAUGUUUCUGGCUAAAACAUGCAGAGCCAGAACUGAAAGCAGAAAUGUUCUGGGCUUUACUGAUCGGCCUGGUGUUCGGAGAACUGUCCAGAGCGCAUCAGUCUAAUGAAGAGGUGCAGCGGGUGAUUCAGAGACUUAAAAAACUCCGGGCACGUAAGGGUAAGAGGAUGUUGGAUGUGGAACUGGCUCACGCUUACUGUCAGUGGCAGAACUGUAUGAGGGACAGCAACAGUCUGAACCAGCUGCUGAAUAAUCCAGUGCCUGAACCGGAGUUAACAUGGUUGUACGGCGGUUCUUUGGUACACGGUGCAGCUCAUGAGUUCAUGAGGGGCGUCAGAGCCGAGGCUCUUCUCCUCGGAAACCCUUUCGCCAUUUCCCUUUACCGUAAGCUGCAGGCCGCCGUGGAGAGCGAGCUGGACGACGACCUCAUGAUAAGGAUGAGGACCAGAGCGGGGCCGACCAGGUUCCUGGCAAACCAGGCGCUCGUGAAUGAACUGAUGGUUGUGAAAGGAGAGGAGGAGGUGGGUCGCAAUCCGAGCGACGAGGGCAGCGUGAUGUCUAAGGAGACGUGCAGCGCUCAGACAGGGAAAAAGAAGAAACGCAAACCUCGGGCACAGAAUGCAAAAAAAGUCCAAUAGCAGUGUGCUUUACAUCAUUCGAAAGCUAGGCCUGGUGCAUGUGAUUUUUGUGCAACUGCUUAGCUAAGGAAACUAAUCUCAGAAGUAAACUAAAAGAGGUCAAAAGUAAAUGUUUCACUUUGGCACUUAGUGGUGUUGAGCUUAUAUCUUCAGUAGCUAUUGUUUACUUUUCAUUAACAGUGUUGACCUGGGCUGCUUCAGCAAAACAGAAAUUUGACAAAAACUUGAUUUUAGCAAGAUUUUUAACUUUUAGCAAUAUUUGUUUGUUUUACAGUUUUUGUUACAUUCAUGACAGGAACGGUAGUUACUCAUUACACAAGAUUCAUCAGUUCCAAGGUUAAAUAGACAAUUGGACAAUUUUGUAUCUCCAAUUCACCUCACUUGCACGUCUUUGGACUGUGGGAGGAAACCGGAGCACCUGAAGGAAACCCACGCAGACACGGGGAGAACAUGCAAACUCCACACAGAAAGGACCUGGACCGCCCCGCCUGGGGAUCGAACCACCCACCGUGCCGCCCACCUUUUAGCAAUAAGAGUGGCUAAAAAAGCUAAACAGAAUAAUUAGUCAUGUCUUUAAACUCUUUGUUUAAACAUCAUUUUAAUACAAGUUAAGCAUCAUUUGUGGUCCAAAAUUAGAACAUUUAGUAUUAGUCGUUGCCAUUUCCCUCUCACUAGCAUGGCUAACACAUGCUUCUGCUUCACCAGUGUAACCGGUGGAUGUCGACUCUGCUACCACAAUAGACAAAUGGACUCUG